UGCAUAUAAUUUCCCGCAACCACCGCCACCAGCUGCCUCGUAAGGUGACCACUUGCCCUCUCUCUCUCUCUCUCUCUCUACUUCUUCUUCUUCUUCUUCUUCUUCUUCUUCGCCUCCCUUCGAGUUGGAGAAGGACUCGAGAUCCACAGAUCGGAUGGGAGGGAGCGGGUGGAGGAAAGCAAUAAGGGGUUUCAACCUUUGCGUCUACUCUCCCCUUGCCGCCGAAGGCGGCGGCGACGUCGGUCCCCCUGGUGCGUCCUACGAUCCCCCCGCUGCUUUGUCGCCGCCAGAUCCGCCUGCUUUACAGCUGCCUACUCCCACUCAAUCGUCCUCUGGCCUCCGCCCCCGGGUUUCCGCAUCCGGCAGCGGCCUUUCCAAGAGGACGUGUGCCAUAUGUCUGACGACUAUGACACCAGGGCAAGGUCAUGCAAUUUUUACUGCAGAAUGCUCUCAUAGCUUCCACUUCCAUUGUAUCACCUCAUGUGUUAAGUUUGGCAAUCAUGUUUGCCCAGUUUGUAGAGCCAAAUGGAAGGAAAUACCAUUCCAUGUAUCCUCUGAUUCUCCUCGUGCAAGGUCAAGAGUUAAUCCAGUGAAUAUGAAUAGGCGUCAAGCUCAUAUGAGUUUUCAGCAUCCCCUCUUGCAUAACUUAGAGCCUUGCAUUUUCAAUGAUGAUGAAACAUUGGACACCACCUUCAAAACUUCUGGAGUUUGCUAUAAUGGAUCCAUCAACACAGUAGAGAUAAAAACAUAUCCAGAAUAUUCAGCCAUUCCAGAGUCAAUUUCGACGGAUAACUUUACAAUUUUGAUUCAUCUCAAGGCUCCUCUUGGUCCCAGAAAUGAAAUUUCCUCAAAAAAUGUCUAUGUAGAUGCUGAAGAUUCCAGAACACAUCGAGCCCCAGUCGACAUUGUGACGGUGCUUGAUGUAAGUGGUAGCAUGUCAGGCAUGAAACUUGCACUUCUGAAGCAAGCAAUGGGAUUUGUGAUCCAAAACCUUGGUCCCCUGGAUAGAUUGUCUGUUAUUGCCUUCUCAUCCACUGCCAGAAGGCUCUUUCCUCUCCGUCGGAUGUCUGAAUUUGGUCGCCAGGAGGCAUUUCAGGCUGUCAAUUCACUGACAACAAGUGGUGGAACAAACAUCACAGAGGGACUCAGGAAAGGUGCGAAAGUGAUCGAAGAACGCAAGGAGAAGAAUCCUGUCUGUAGCAUCAUUCUACUGUCUGACGGGCAGGAUACCUAUCUCCUUUCUCCCACGCUGCACAAUGGCCAACACACUCAACCAGACUAUAGAUCGCUUGUGCCAUCAUCCAUCCGAGAUAGAACUGUCCAUAAUGUACCUGUCCAUGUUUUUGGAUUUGGGUCUGAUCAUGAUUCCAUAUCAAUGCAUUCCAUCUCUGAGACCUCUGGGGGGACAUUUUCGUUCAUUGAAGGUGAGGGUGCAAUCCAGGAUGCAUUUGCUCAGUGCAUUGGAGGGCUUCUUAGUGUGGUGGUGCAAGAAAUGCAAGUGCGGCUGGAGUGCCUCCAUCACAAUGUACAACUAGGGUGGAUAAAAUCUGGCCGAUAUGCUAGUUGGGUUACAGAUGGUCGACGUAGUGGGACAAUAGAUGCUGGGGACUUGUAUGCCGAUGAAGAGAGGGAUUAUCUUGUCUCUGUUAAUGUUCCUCCUGAUCACCAUGAGACUCAUCUUCUGAGAGUUAGCUGUGUGUAUAGUGAUCCUGUCACCAAGGAGGUAAUUAAUCCAGCAGCUGUAGAAUUGAAGAUUUCUAGGCCAGAGUUAGUAGUGUCUCAAACAAUGUCAAUUGAGGUUGAUCGGCAAAGGAACCGACUCCAAGCUGCUGAGGCUAUGGCCGAAGCACGGGCAUCUGCCGAACAUGGUGAGCUCUCUGAAGCUGUUCGUUUAUUGGAGGACUGCCGUAAAAGAAUUUUCGAGUCUGAGGCUGCAAAAUCAGGUGACCAAUUGUGUGCAAGCCUGGAUGCAGAGCUCAAGGAGAUGCAAGCAAGAAUGGUCGAUCGCCAACACUAUGAAGCAAUGGGUCGGGCAUAUGUUUUGUCCGGGUUGAGCUCCCACUUGUGCCAGCGGGCAACUACACGGGGGGACUCAACCAAUAGUGGAAGCUUUACCCAAACCUAUCAAACCCCUUCCAUGGUCGACAUGCUGCAGAGGUCACAAACAUUUAGUCCCGCAACGCGGCAAUCAAAUUCAAAGAUGCGGCACACACUGUCAUUCCCUGCAAGGCCUAAACCCAGGUAAUUGGCUAACUUUUAAAUUGGUUGCUGAAACAAAAUGGGCUAGUUCGGGAAGAAUGAAGAGAAGCGGAUGUAGAGAGUUUUAAAUUGACUCUGGAGCUAUUGUGUUAGCAAAUAAGUUGGAUUGGUUUAGAUUGGGAUUUGUUCUACCUUUUUUUCUUCUUCUUUUGAUCGAAAUAUUUGUUCUACCUAUUGUUAAAUGGGUUUUAAUGGUUUGUAAAUAAAGAUUGCAUGUAUAUGAAAGUUAAAAAAACAUCAGUUUUUGUGUUU